AUGUUGGUGAAUAUUGUCUUUGUUCUUGUCGCCUUCGCCUGGCUGGUGCUCGGCGGCAGCCGGGCUUGGGAGGCACCUCUCCGCCACCAGGUGCAGCUGGACAGCCACCGGUUUGAGGUCAUCCCCGUUGACGAGGCCGGGUAUGCCAUCCGUCGCGUGGCUACCAACAGCACCACUGGCAACAACAGGAAGCGCUGGCUGGGCCUCCGGGCGGGCUCAGGAAUGAACCCCAGUUACCUCUGGCCAGACAAGACCAUCAGCUACUGCUACGACUCGACCAGCAGCCGCGACAAGCUCAAGGAGCCGCUCGAGAUGGCCUUCACCAUGUGGGCGGCCGGAUUCGAGGACGGCACAGCUGGCCUGAACCGGCUCGUCUAUAAGUACGUGGAGGUGGCGAAGCCGGGCACCGCGUGCACGAAGAACUCGCAGAGUGACAAGAUCCUGCUGAUCUCGCACAACGACCGGGGCAUGCUCAGCUCGCAUGUCGGCCGGCCGCCGCUGGACGAUCUGAGCCCCGAAUACAAGGGUCCGGUUAUGCAGCUGUCGAUGCGCGACGAUAUCGGCCAGCUCAACACCGUGGCCAACAUUGCGCACGAAGUGGGCCACGCCUGGGGCCUCCUCCACGAGCACCAGAACCCCUUUUUCUGGCGCUUCCCAUACGGCAGUGUAUCCAGUGCCGACAUGGAGGGCAAAGUCUUCGGCGACUACUGGGACUGCUCGGCGCUCAAGGACUACUUCCUCGUGCGUGGCAAGAUCAUUAACAAGCACGGCGCCGGCUCCGCCGCUGCAGAGCAGAUUAUGCUUGACGUUUGCCAGAACCAUGGCGCCGCCUCCCACUGGGGCUUCUCGGCCGCCGACCGGCUGCCCAUCAAGGCCAACUACCGGCACCCAAACACCAUCCCCUACAUGGGCGCCAGCUACGAGCACGUGGACUGGGAUUCCAUCAUGCUGUACCCUUCGGGCGCUGGCGGCAUCGGCCCCGCCCGCCCGCCGACGAAUCCGUCCGAGAACCCAGACGUGUACGACCGGCGCACCCCCGUGCUACGUCGCAACGACGGCGCAAAGAUCCACACAAACACCAUCCCGUCCAAGGGCGAUGUCGCGGGCAUCCGGUUCCUGUACGAGAACCCCACGUCCACCGGCACCCAGGCCGACGCGUACGUGUUGCCCAACAACAAGAAGAGCAGCCGCUUCACGGAUUUUAUCAAAGACUUUAUGAGGAAGAAGAAUAGGCAGUGCGGAAACCCCGGUCGUUAA